AUGCACGUCGAGGUACCCGAGGCCAAGGAGGGAUUCUACUCUGGCCUGGAGCCGCUGACAGUCGCCAAGAUGCUGAAGGGGGUCGUGGAAAAGGAGAAGAUCAACCUAGUCUUCUUGGGCAAGCAGGCUAUUGACGGCGACCAUGGCCAGACGGGCCAGAUGCUGGCUGGGCUGCUGGGCUGGUCACAGGCUACGCAGGCGAGCAAAGUGACUGUCAAGGACGGCGAGGGCACGGUGGAGGUGACGAGGGAGGUGGACGGGGGUGUUGAGACGCUGGAGUCGAAGCUGCCCAUGAUUAUCACGACGGACCUGCGGCUGAACACGCCCAAGUUUGCGACGCUGCCGAACCUGAUGAAGGCGAAGAAGAAGCCUAUUGAGAAGGCGACGCUUGCGGACUUUGGACUGGACGAGUCUCGACGGCUGAACACUGUCAAAGUUACGGAACCACCGACGAGACAGGGUGGCAGCAAAGUCGAGGACGUCGACGGCCUCAUCUCCAAGCUGAAGGACCUUGGAGCCUUGUAA